AUGUCGACCUUUGGAACACUUUUCCGUGUGACAACGUUUGGCGAGUCCCACUGUGCAUCCGUCGGUGCCAUCAUCGACGGCUGCCCACCGGGCCUGCCACUCGUCGCGCAAGACGUGCAGACACAGCUCAGCCGGAGACGACCAGGCCAGAGCAACCUCACCACUCCUGUGCGUGUCACCGGAACUGCUGUCUCGCAGCGACGCGAUGAAAAGGACCUCGUGCAGCUGCAGUCUGGCAUCGAGCACGACAUCACGCUCGGCACCCCCAUCGGGCUGCUGGUCCGUAACGAGGACCAGCGGCCCCACGAUUACUCUGAGACGGACCUGUACCCGCGUCCUAGCCAUGCGGAUUGGACAUAUCUGGAGAAGUAUGGAGUCAAGGCCAGCAGCGGUGGAGGCCGAAGCAGUGCUCGGGAGACGAUCGGCCGAGUCGCCGCUGGCGCGAUCGCGGAGAAGUAUCUCAAGCUCGCAUACGGCAUUGAGGUCGUCGCCUUCGUGUCGUCUGUCGGAAAGGUGCACCUCCCAUCUAUAGUCGGCCCACCGUCGCAAGUCCCCAACGACGACGACGACACCGUGGAGGACGUGCUCAGCCCCGAGUUCGUCGCUCUCCUGCAUACCGUAACGCGUGCGAAGGUAGAUAGUCACCCCACGCGCUGCCCACACCUCGAGACAGCCGAGCACAUGACAAAGCGCAUCCUCCGUGCAAAGGACGCCUCCGACUCCAUCGGCGGUACCAUCACCUGCGUAAUUCGUGGUGUACCUCCCGGCCUCGGCGAGCCAGUCUUCGACAAGCUCGAGGCGAAACUGGCGCAUGCGAUGCUCUCCAUUCCCGCGACGAAAGGUUUCGAGAUCGGCUCCGGUUUCCGCGGGACCCAGGUCCCCGGGAGCAAGCACAACGACGCGUUUGCCGUUAAGCCUGAUGGGACGAUGGGCACGAAGACUAACUGGAGCGGGGGAAUUCAGGGAGGUAUCUCGAACGGAGAGGACAUCUACUUCAGGGUUGCGUUCAAGUCCCCUGCCACGAUCUCACAAGCACAGGAGACCGCUCAGUACAACGGUACUCCCGGAACGCUCUCCGCAAGGGGCCGUCACGAUCCUUGUGUUGUUCCACGUGCGGUGCCCAUCGUCGAGGCUAUGGCAAGUCUCGUCAUCAUGGACCAGGUGCUAAUCCAGAACGCACGCAAGACCGCGGCCUCUCUCCUUCCGCCAAUUACUACUCUUCCGCCGACCAUGAUCAAGCCUCCGACACAUCAUGACCAUGCAGUGGAGGACAAGCCAACAGUCUGA